AACCCCAAAAAAUGCCGAAAGAAGAUUAAAGGGAUAUUCGAAGAAUUUUUCUUCGAAUAUUCUUUUUCUUACCGUUAUAUUCCUUCAAUUUUUCCUUUUUCUCUCUAACUGCUUCGCACCAAUUUCACAAUUCCCCAUUUUACCACUUCUCUUCAUUUUCUUCGGCGUCGGAAACUGUGGGGUUAUGAAGUUCGGCAAGAGUCUGAGCAACCAGAUCGAGGAAACUUUGCCGGAAUGGCGGGAUAAGUUUUUGUCUUACAAGGAGUUGAAGAAGCGCCUCAAGCUUGUGGAGCCUAAAGGCGGUGAACGCCCGAGUAAGCGGCCUAGGAUUGAUGCGGCUGGAAGUUGUUAUGUGGAGGAUGGAGAGAAGGAUGAUUUUUCGUCGAGUGAGGAGAUGAAUUUUAUUAAGUUGUUGGAGGACGAGCUUGAGAAAUUUAAUAGUUUCUUUGUUGAAAAGGAGGAAGAGUAUAUCAUCAGAUUGAAGGAGCUACAAGAUAGGGUAGGAAAAGCAAUGGAUUCCAAUGAAGAGAUGGUUAAAAUUCGCAAGGAAAUUGUGGACUUCCAUGGAGAAAUGGUUCUCUUGGAGAAUUACAGUGCCCUUAACUUUACAGGACUUGUGAAAAUCCUAAAGAAGUAUGACAAAAGGACUGGAGCACUAAUCCGCCUGCCCUACAGUCGGAAAGUUCUGCAACAGCCAUUCUUUACUACCGACCUGCUUUACUCACUCGUGAAGCAGUGUGAGAUGAUGUUGGAUCUUCUCUUCCCUUUGAAUGAGCUACCUUCUACUGGUUCGAAUGGAGUCGAUGAAGUCGAUGCUCCUACGAAGCCAGGCACCACCAACAUUGAUGAUCUCCUUAAAGCAACCAAGGAACUAUCCGAGAUAGAGUAUAUGGAGUCACUUUAUAUGAAAAGCACCGUUUCUGCAUUACGGGUUUUGAAGGAAAUCCGAAGCAGGAGCUCAACCGUGAGCGUCUUCUCAUUGCCACCGUUGCAAAUGAAUGGAUUAGAGGAUACAUGGAAGAACGUUCCGGUGCUAGAAGAAGUAGCUAAGUAGAGGAAGGUUCAAACAGAUAUCACCAACUACAAGGAAGUUCCCUUUUAUAGUUUCGUAUGUCUUCCUUUGAUGUUCGUGUGGAUUACUUUUGAUACUAACAGUAACAAAUGUAAAACUGAAUUACAAAGUUCAAAUUAUGUAGAAUCUUAUAAAGGAAUGGUAAUACAUAUUUACAAUUACGAUGUA